AUGGCUUCCUUGGAUGCAUGGACGGUGGCUUUCUCAGUGGCAUUGGACUCUGGUUAUGACGAUCUUCUCGACAAGCAUUCAUUUAGUGCUGCUGCCUUAUUAUUCACCUCGUUCAAAGAUGCAAUCCUGAUCGAACCAUCAAAGUUGCCUACAAAGAGGCGUCUUGACAUUUCCCACAAUCCGUUGUUGAAAAAGUACGGUACUUACUUCUUUGAUAAUUACAAACUGAUAACCAAAGUGCAACUACAGGAAUUGGUGCUUUUCAAGGAUUUAAUACUCAAUGAUGUUGAUAAGAUAGUCUUUGAUAUGGAAACUGUCGAUCUGUCUUUGAUGAACUCAACGAGGUUCCUUCGGAACUCAAGGCUGUACAGUACUUCCAACAACGUUAUCGUCCUCGACUCAAAGUUUCACACCACCGGGUUUUCAAUCGCAAUACAGUUAGUACUCUCAAAGUUAGAAAUUGCAACUGAGAACCUAAGAGUCGAUACGACUUGGCCCUCGCUUGCAUGGUCAGGUGUGAUUAAAGCAAUUCCAGUCCACAGUAUUCCAGAGACCGGCUCUGUUCAUAGAGUAUACCUUGAUUCUCUUGAUGGAAUGCUUUCCCAGAGCGUUCUCUUUAUUACAGACGGUGGCGCCAAUUGUGAUUCUAAUGCCAAAACAACACAUGGAACGUCCGACGUUCUUUCCAACAAGAAAUAUCUCAAGUCUAGGACGGAAUUCCAUGAUGUGAUUGUCCCUAAAUCACAGGAACAAGGCAAAAGUGACUUGGACGAAGCUGCUGAGUUCAUUACAAAAGAAACUAGGCACUGUGGCAAUACUGUAAUUUGUGCCUAUGAUGUGAUUGGUGGUGAACAGGACGAGUGUUACCAUUUGCACCAGAAUUCACACUUCACGACGGUCACAUGCACAAUAUCACCUGAGAAGUAUGGCUGGUAG